AUGAAAGAUGACUUGCUUACUAAAAAUGGAAAUUAUAAACAAACAAGAGGAGAAGAACAAAAAGAGAAACUUUCAGAAAACAGGAGAGCAAAAUAUCAAGAUUUAGACCAAUCAAGAAAAGAGGACUUGCUUACUAAAAAUAUGAAUUAUAAACAAACAAUGGGAGAAGAACAAAAAGAGAAACUUUUAGGAAACAGGAUAGCAAAAUAUAAUGCAAUGGAUAUAUUAAUGAAAAAAGAGCUUGUUUCUGUAAAUGCAAAUAGAACUAUGGAAGAGCGUAUGGCAUUGGAUCCAAAACAAAAAGGUGUGCUGAAUAGAGAGAAAGAACAACAAUUAAUACAAAAUAAAUCUGAACCUCACAAUAUUGACAUGUACAUUGAACAAUUAAAAAAAAAAAUUAAAGCUGGUCCAUUUUACAUAUGCUGUGUGUGUAACCGAACAUUGUAUAAAAAGUCUGUAAUUAUCCUAAAGAAAACUAAGUAUUCUGUUCAGAAUUGUUUUAUGGUUCAAUGUUCUUUUGAUGGCAAUGAGUACAUCUGUAAAACAUGUCAUACUAAAUUACUUAAAAGUCAACUGCCAUGUCAAGCUGCAGUAAACAAUUUAUUUGUUGAUGAAACCCCUGCUGAACUUGCUGCAUUAGAGAAACUUGAACAAAUUCUUAUUGCACAGAGAAUAGUCUUUGAAAAAAUCGUAAUAAUGCCUAAAGGACAACAAGGAAAAAUUAAAGGUGCAAUAUGUAAUGUGCCAGUUGAGUGUAAUCAAACCGGCACUGUUCUACCUAGACCACCUGAUAGAUCUGAUCAUUUUGCUGAUAAUUUUGCUUAA